ACCCGUUGUCUUAGUUAACCCAGGCCGGUUGUCUUAGUUAACCCAGGGCGGGGAAGUAAUCAAGUUUGGAAACCAUUCCGAGAAAGAAAGGGACAAUGAAAAGAAUUCUGUAUCAUAUAUUUUGGGUAGGAGAGAAGUACGUACGUAGUACUCCUCAAUUCCGAAAAAGAAAAGGACAAAAUUCUGUAUCAUAUAUUCUAUAUAUAUAGUAGAGAAAGAACGUCUCUAUGCAUAUUCCUGUCCCAGAACUGCUCGGCUCCUGCAAUAUACGUUACAUUAUGGAGAUAUUGAUGGCGAUCAUGUGGAUCUUCGUCCGCUCUCUAAUCCCUUUGGCUGUCAGUUGCAUCGCCGACAAAAUCAUCCGAAACGAGCUCCCCGACGAGUCGCACCCGUACUACUAUUUGGCAAGAUACGUCUCCCUCGGCUGCUGGUCGGUAUGUGUCCCGGCCAGCAUGUGUUGGCGGCAGAUUAUGAUAAUCCGAGAGAUCGCCAGGAAAAUAGACGAACUCGAGGAUCCAGCUAUCAAACGCAGAAUCCAUGAGCUGGAGCCACCAUCCUCCUCCUCCUCCUCCAAGCUUACUCUUACCGUAGACGACUCAAUUGUGUCGUGGAAGACGUGGACCGCCGCUCUGUUCAUCCCCUUCGUUGCCUGCCUCAUCCGCAUCGCGAUCUUGCCCGACAAUGUUGACAAGUGGGAGGCAGCAAAAUGGCUGAGUGGACGGUAUAUCUGGGGAUGCUGUUUCAUCUCGUUGAUUGUGCAGAGUGAUCCAAUUAUUCGCUUCAUGUGGACGGGCAAGUUUUGGGAACUUACCCGCUUACAUAGAGAUCCAGUCAUCAAAAGAAGAAUUCUCGAGCUGAACAAGACCUCCUCCUCAGUUUCGAUCCAGCCAGAGCACCACGAUUAAUUAGCUAGCUAGUCGUCAACCCAAGCCAGCCAGCCAGCCAGCUUGGAUUUGUUUAAUUUGUUGAUGAUUUCCUUCCUCUGUUAUUGUUAUCGUUGUUGUAGUUGCCAGUUCGUUAGACUUCGUUAGGCCGGCGUGGCCCUUACUUUGUUUAUUUCUUUCUUUGAUGGGGUUUUACGGUUUAGUUUAGCAUAUUUAGUUUAACUUGAUGUGCGUGAAAAAGAGAGACCAAAUUAACGCAACAGAGAUCACAGAUCACUCAACAGGAAGUAGUCUCGAGAACCAAAUAUCAU